AUGGUCUCUGUUCGAUUUCAGGCUGCAAAACGGCGUGGUCUCGAGCGGGCCCUUGCCAAAAGAGCCAUCUUCGAAGAGCUAUUGAAUCUGUCGGAAGAAUAA